AUGCCCUCCCAGCCGAGAAUCCACCUCGUGCGCCACGCGCAAGGCUACCACAACCUAGGCGUGGAAUUCCACAGUCUGCCCGACCCGCGACUGACGCCGCUGGGCGAAUCGCAAUGCAAGACCCUACAAACGACACACUUCCCGCCGGAGCGACAACAGAACAUCUCGCUCGUGACGGCCUCGCCGCUGUGCCGCACCAUCCACACGGCGCACCUGGUGUUCUCGCCUGCGCUGACGAACGGGAAAUGCCAACCGCCCGCGAUCCUCGCGGUCCCGGACGCCCAAGAGACGAGCGACUUCCCGUGCGACACGGGCAGCGACCCGGCGACGCUGGCGGCGAUCUGCGCCGAGCAGGGCUGGCGCGUCGACCUGUCGCUGGUGCGCGAGGGGUGGAACGUCAAGACCCUCGACGGCCGCUACUCGCCGGCCAGCGACGCCAUCAAGGCGCGCGCGCGAGCGGUGCGGCUGCUGUUGCGUGAGAAGGCCCAGCAGUUGGCGGCCGCGGGCGACGCCGACGUUGAGAUCGUGCUGGUCACCCACGGCAGCUUCCUGCACUACCUGACCAACGACUGGGAAGAUGCGAAUAAGGUUGGCGGCACGGCUUGGACGAAUUGCGAACACCGCACGUAUGAGUUUGAAAAUGACAAUGACAAUGACGCUACGGAGGCGUUUUUGGUCGAGACCGCCGAGUCGCGCGCCCGCAGGGGCAAGACCUAUCCCAUGCUCCCCCGAGACAAACAGGCCGAGUUGUUCACGCUGGCUAUGCAGGGCUGGGAGGAAGCCGGGUUGCAGAACCCCGCCAAAUUGAACAACACCAAUGGUGAUGCGCAGGCAUUGAAGCCCGAGGAUUCGGACGUCACCGAGGUCGAGGUCGAGAAUGAGGCCAAACAGGGCCAGGAGCCGGCGGCCAAGAAUGUGAAGGUCUCGACGAAUAAGAGGUCGAGUGAUGUCUCUGUUAAGGCUUGA